CGGGCAUGAGCCGCUACGUGCUGCCGGUGUCCGUGCUGGGCACGGUUGUGGGUGGCGCGGUGCUGCUCAAGGACUAUGUCGCCGGCGGGGCUUGCCCCAGCAAGGCCACCAUACAUGGGAAGACAGUCAUUGUGACGGGCGCCAACACGGGCAUCGGGAAACAAACUGCCUUGGAACUGGCCAAAAGAGGAGGCAACAUCAUCCUGGCCUGUCGAGACAUGGAGAAGUGUGAGGCGGCCGCAAAGGACAUUCGCAGGGAGACCCUCAAUCACCACGUCAACGCCCGGCACUUGGACCUGGCGUCCCUCAAGUCCAUCCGGGAGUUUGCAGCGAAGAUCAUCGCAGAGGAGGAGCGAGUGGACAUUCUGGUCAACAACGCGGCCGUGAUGCGGUGCCCCCACUGGACCACCGAGGACGGCUUCGAGAUGCAGUUUGGUGUGAACCACCUGGGUCACUUCCUCUUGACAAACUUGCUGCUGGACAAGCUGAAAGCCUCGGCGCCGUCGCGGAUCAUCAACGUCUCGUCCUUGGCCCACGUCGCCGGGCACAUAGACUUCGAUGACUUGAACUGGCGGGAGAGGAAGUACAACACCAAGGCCGCCUACUGCCAGAGCAAGCUGGCCGUCGUCCUGUUCACCAGGGAGCUGAGCCGGCGGCUGCACGGCUCUGGCGUGACUGUCAACGCCCUGCACCCCGGCGUGGCCCGCACGGAGCUGGGCAGACACACUGGCAUGCACAGCUCCGCCUUCUCCAGCUUCACGCUGGGGCCUAUCUUCUGGCUGCUGGUCAAGAGCCCCCAGCUGGCGGCCCAGCCCAGCACGUACCUGGCCGUGGCAGAGGAAUUGGAGGGCGUUUCUGGAAAGUACUUCGAUGGACUCAAAGAGAAGGCUCCGGCGCCUGAGGCCGAGGAUGACGAGGUGGCCCAGAGGCUGUGGGCUGAAAGUGCCCGCCUGGUGGGCUUGGAGGUGUCUCAUGGGUCCUCUGUGAAGGCACAGUCCCUCCCCAGGUAGCCACCCGGGAGGCUGGGUCUCCAGGAUGAGCGGACAAGGACCACUGGCUGCCACGCCCACAGCAUCCUCCAGGGGGCAGUGUUGGGCCUCAUCUCUCCGCUUCUGCGCUGUGCUGGGCCGCAGGUGGGCGCCGACCCAGGGCCUGGCUGGUACCACGUGCCCGCUGCCCACAGGCCAGCGCGGCCAUCACCAGCCUCCCUUGGGAAUCUGAACUGGGAACGGCCAGGAGGAGUCGGCGCCCUCUGGUUGUGGGCAGUGUCUGACAGGCAGGUGGGGUUCGUGGUUCCCUGUGGGACCCUGUCCUCUCUGAGCCUGGGCCUGUCCAGCUGUGGGGUGCUCAGUGACCACUCACAGGAUGGCGUGGUGAUCAGCGGGCUGUGGCCUGGCUGGUGAAUGGCCGCUGCGCGUGCCUUGCCGGCGAGUGUGCCACAGCCCGCCAGCUGCUGGUGACACGCAGGACAGGCCCACACGGACCCUGCCUGCUACCGCGGAGUUCACGCUCCCAACCGCAUGGAGUGAAAACCCCACCAGCUGCUGCUGCUGGGGACCUGGGAUCGCCUGGGCUGACGACCUUCCCUUCAAAUCCUGCGGUAAUUUAAGCUGCAGGCUCUCAAACUUGC